CAGGUGGAGAGAGCUGCAUCUUCCCUGAUAAAAAGAGUGAAGGGAGCAAAAAUGGCUCGCUGGCCCAAAGACAGUCCAGGCACAUGGUAUAGUCGCUACAAGAGAGGGUCCAUGCUCUCAUACGCGGAUGCGGAGGGCAAUCCGAUCGGAGUGGUCCAGAUGACGUUCCUCCGUUUACUCAGUGCCACGGCUCGGCAGAACCUGACAUACAACUGUUACCAGUCGGUGGCUUGGCACGACCAGGAACAGGACUCUUACGAUAAAGCCAUCCGCUUCCUGGGUUCCAACGAUGAGGAGAUGUCUUACGAUAACAACCCGUACAUCAGAGCCGCCGUCGACGGAUGCGCGUUGAAAAAGGGUUACGAAAAGACUAUUCUUGAGAUCAACACACCGAAAGUGGAGCAGGUGCCAUUUGUUGACGUCAUGUUCAACGAUUUCGGCGGAACGACGCAGAAGUUCGGCUUUGAGGUCGGACCGGCCUGCUUCAUCGGCUAAGACUGCUCAGCGAGCAAACGCGAACAAAACAUAUUCAUUUUCUCCGAAUACAAAACACACAAAAGAAAUAGGACGACUUAUUUGUAAAGUUUUGUGUUUCCAAACAAACCCGAUAGAUACCAAAGUAAGGAUAAAAGAAAUUUGAAAAAAGAAUGGAUUUCCAAACAAUGGCUUCUUAUAACAGAGCACCCUUUUUAACCUCGGUGUACCUUCUUCAUCACAUGCAAGUUUUGAAACUGGAUGAGGUCAUCACUCAUGUCUCUCCAAGCCCCGCCCACUUUACGCUCAUCCAACUCUUCGCCCCUCCCACAGGCUGUAUAGACCGAUUAGAUCCAUCCUUUUAUUUCACCUCCUGUUCUUGCACCUCCAGUUUGGCCUUUCUCAUAUGAGAAAUAUUUUCCGUUGGUUUGUUUGCUUGGGUUUUAUGUUGUUCCUCUUUCUACUUCUAAACUUUGUUUUUUGUGCAUACUUGUCUUCCAUUCCCUGGAAUGGUGAUUAUAUAUAUAAAUAUAUAUAAAUAAUUUUUUUCUAUGUUUGUAAGUACUUUCUGUAUAUUUUUUUCAGGAGAAGUGUUUUUUUUUUUUUUUUUGGUUCUGGCUUCAAAACAUGCAUGUGAACCCAUUGAGCGAAUAGGACAGAGGUGCUAGUUAUUGGGAAAAAAAAAAAACGCUUUUUAAAAAAAUAAAAUAUCCCCCCAAAUAAGAGCCUGAGGAAUUUUCCAGUGAAUCUGAAGAAGAGAAAAUAAAGGAAAUGAUUAAAAAAGCAACUGCAACAGCAACCAAAUGUUUUAUUCCAGUUGUGAACAGCGUCUUUUUGUAAUUUAAACAACAAAAUGAUAAUAAAAGUAAGAAACAGCCGUAAUGUGAGCAUUAAUUUGCUACCUGUCGUGUUGAAGUGGCUUCCGUGGGUCUGUGAGAUCGCGACCCGCAUGAAUGAGGAUGACGUUCAUGAAUCGGUGCUUCCCUGUAUCAGAAGAGCACACCAUCACACUGAGGAAACACAAUAUCGGUAAACUAGGUGCUAUCUCCUUCUGUCUGUGGUGCUAAAAAUAUAUACCUUUUUUCCUGUACUUGUUUGUUGUAAUUGAAAAUGGCUCUGCGGUGAUGCCCAAGCGGUUCCACGUCUUCAGUCCUAGCUUUACUUCCCGAGGUGGGGAAGUAUUUUUAUGCAUGCCGUUAAAUCAUAUUCAUUUACUGAUGAGAACAUGUUUUUCUUCUGUUAUCAUUCCUCACCACGUUUGACAAAUUCCAGAUUGUCAUAUGGAGAUCAUUUAUAGUCCUCUAAAGGCUUUAGCUCACACUUAACAUUACAACGUUCGGAUCACAGUCAAUUCACACGAUCUGAAAUGGUUAAACGGAGCACAAUUACUGUUAAUUCUGUUGUGAUUGAGGUAUCACGUCUAACAUGGACCCUGUAAUGUAAAGUGUUCUCUACUCGAACUAACAGAAGCGAUGGAAAUGAAGCAUUUAAAACAGCUCUAGAGAAUUAGCUUGGGACCUUUCCAUUAGAUCUUUUUCAAGGGUUCUGUGAAUAUUUUAACCAAAACGCUUAGAGGAAUGAAUAGUUAACUCGACUCCUUCCAAAGAGAUUUCUCUUAAUUUAAGAGACUUGAAGACCAAGAAUCAGAUUGUCUUGUGUGAUUAUUCAAGUGUGUUGUACAUUACAAAAUUUCACAAGCAUAUAUUCUUUCACCUGCCAGGAUUUGUUGUCAUUGGCUAGAGCCAUCUUGAUAUUCAUCUAUCACACCUUUUGCCACUAGACAUUUUCCCGCACUCUUUUAUUCUGCUUUUUGACCACUAGACCUGCUACUGCAAAAUCUUGCUCUAAGUUUUGAUUAAACAUGACUUGAACUGUUUCUUUUAAGAGGAUUCAACAUGGAAUAUGCGGUUUUGACACAAUUUUAACAGUACGAAACAAAUUGCAACCGAUUCUUCUGUAAAUUCCAAAACCAGCAGUAAUGCUGCCAAUAAAGUUUAUUCUGUUUUAUUAUUUUUAUUUUUUUGUCUUUGUAAUGUUUGUUUGUUUGUGCGGUCGUGUCAAACCUGUGUACGAGAAGAUAGAAGAGAUAUUGGUUUUGUGUCAAUAAAUUCAGGUUUACUGUGUCCUCCCACCCUUGUAUGUCUUUUAAGCAUUAAAACUGAAGCAUUAAAACUUUCCUGUAUGCAUGAAAAUGUUAAGCUUUCUCUUCAUGUGUCUUCCCACAGCCACGUUUCUCUUUUUUUUAUCAGCCGUAUGAGACAUCCUCUCAGUGCUCCGAUGAAAACAGGCCUGUCCUUCAUUGUGAAAUGGAGAGAGAGCGAUGUUUGUUGUAACUCUCUACCAAAGCCCAUGUUCCUUUGUAGUAUAUUUAUUGUAUUAUUUAAAAAUAAUAAAUGUUAAUUGAUACCA